AGUGGAAUAUGACGCUGAAAUCUCCAAUGGAAGAAAAAGAAAAGCCUCAGAUCGUAUAGAUACCAAUCAACCCGCAGAUAGCAAAACUAUUGAAAUUGAUUUUAAUGAUAUGAGUAAAAUUUUGGACCAAGGACCAUCAGAAAAUAAUGAAAAUGUCUCACAAUUGGCUGAUUCAUACAAAUAUCCAACAUUUGCUACUACACCAAAUUCAUACACAAAUUAG